AUGAGCGCCAUCAAGAACAAGUACUCGGUCAUCCUGCCGACCUACAACGAACGGCGGAACCUCCCUAUCAUCAUCUGGCUGAUCCAGAGGACCUUCAACGAGAACAACCUGGAUUGGGAGGUCAUUGUUGUCGACGACGGUUCCCCUGACGGUACCCUCGAGAUCGCCAAGCAGCUCCAGCGCCUCUACGGCCCCGAACACAUCAUCCUGAAGCCCCGCGAGGGGAAGCUCGGUCUGGGAACCGCGUACGUCCAUGGUCUGCACUAUGCUACCGGUAACUUUGUCGUCAUCAUGGAUGCCGACUUCAGCCACCAUCCCAAGUUCAUCCCCGAGAUGAUCAGGAUCCAGAAGGAGAGCGACGCGGACAUUGUUACCGGCACCCGGUACGCGAACCGCGGAGACAUCAAGGGCGGUGUCUACGGUUGGGACCUAUUCCGCAAGUUCACUUCGCGCACAGCCAACCUGAUUGCGGACGUGAUGUUGAUGCCCGGUGUCAGCGAUCUGACCGGUAGCUUCCGUCUGUACAAGAAGCAGGUGCUGGAGAAGGUGAUCACAAGCACUCAGAGCAAGGGCUACAGCUUCCAGAUGGAGAUGAUGGUUCGGGCUAAAGCCAUGGGUUACAAGGUUCAGGAGUGCCCGAUUACCUUCGUGGAUCGUCUCUAUGGCGAGAGCAAGCUCGGCGGAUCUGAAAUUGUUGAGUACCUAAAGGGCGUGCUCAACCUGUGGCUGAAGGUUUAA